AUGGCCACUUUUCUGAAAUGUGCGGCCUUGGUAGCCCUCGCAGCACAUACCGUGUCUGGUACUGCUGUCUUCAAGCCUCGAGAGGAUGUCUUUGGAAAUAAUUCAUGGCACAAAUAUGUUCGUUCCCCAAGCAGCUCUUUACUGAAGCCUCAGAGUAUCAUGUCUGCCCAUACCACUGGCAAUGUCACCAAUCCUGAUGGCUUACUUGGUUGGAACGGCUCGCCGACCAUCUUGACACACAAUGAGGGAGAAACCAGUAUUCCCACUCUGGUUGUCGAUUUUGGGCAGAACGUUGUCGGCAUUGCGACAAUCACGUUCGCUGGAUCUUCCAAUUCAUCUGAAGGGCUUCCUGGGUUGAAGCUGGCUUUUUCUGAAACCCUGCAGUAUUUGACCAAUGUCAGCGACUUUACCAGAUCUGAUAACAUGGCCGCAGGUCAGAAGCUCACAAACGGCACUGAUCAGGUUGCUGUCGCCAAUAGAAAGUAUACCUGGAAGGAUUACACUGGCUGUCAGAACGAUGAUAAAGUGUGCUCCGAUGGUGUUCACGGCUUUCGAUAUGUGAAAAUCUGGCUCGAUGCACUCGAAAGCGAUGCCCCUUAUACCCAGCCCUACGGAUCUGUAUCCAUCUCGAGCAUUGGUUUGGAAUGGUCUGCUUAUCUGGGAACACCCGAUACCUUCACCGGAUGGUUCGAGUGUUCUGAUGAAGACCUUACUCAAUGGUGGUACGACGGCGUGUAUACCGCCGACAUGGGUACCGAUGUAUUCUUCGCCAAUGAGACAGACCCCCGGGACUCGGCCUCGCCCACUUUGGAAGGUAAGGAAGUUCUUUUCGAUGGUGCCAAGAGAGACCGAGACCCAUAUGUCGGGGACCUGGCUGUUGCCGCACUCACAACGUACUUGUCGCACGACAAUCCUGACGCAACCCGCAACAUACUGGCUGAUUUGGCGAAUCACCAACGGUCUGAUGGAUGGAUUUCACCUGCUAGCAUCAAUAACUACACACUGGAUUUGUAUGAUUAUCCGAUGUGGUGGGUUGUAUGCACAGCAGAUCUCGUCAUGUAUACUGGGGAUACAGACUUCGCAACCCAGUAUUAUGAAGUGAUGAAAAAGACAUUAGAUGACUAUUAUGGCCAGAAUCUCACAUACAGCGGCGGUCUCCUCAACAAGACCAACGGAUAUGGAGAUUACGCGUUUCUUCCUCGCUCCGGCAUCAUAACUUACUACAACGCUCUGUACGCCCACGCGUUGAAAUUAGCCGCUCAACUCGCCACCAUUCUGGGAAAUUCAGGAGACAGCCAGGCCUGGGCCUCUCGCGCCUCGGCCGUGAGCGAAAAUCUCCUGGUCAGAAAUUGGGAUCCAGCCGUAGGCGCAUUCUUCGACGGAGGACCCUGUCCAAACCAACCAGCAAAUACAAUUUGCAAUGUGCACGCCCAGGAUGGAAAUGGACUAGCCGUGCUAUCAGGCUCAGUGAAUGCAUCUUUAGCCACAAGUCUACUUGACUACUACGGGAACGCUUCAUCAAAACCAUACGGCAAUGCGUUCUACGAUAACGACCUCCUAUCCACCGGGUUCUCCGAGCGAGUAUACGCAUUCAUUUCAUAUUUCGAGCUUGCAGCUCGUUUCGCGACGCCCGGUGCUUCGAGCUCAGCAUUCGAUGAAAUCAAGCGCCUAUAUGGCUGGAUGUCAGCCCACGAUCCGGAGAUCACAUUCUGGGAGGGCAUUGGUCCUAACGGAUCACCGUAUGAAGAAGGGUUUACAUCCAUGGCUCACGGGUGGUCAACAGGUAUCGUGCCGCUGAUGACGAACUACGUCCUCGGUGUUCGGCCUACCGGCCCGGCCUUCAAGACCUGGCAGAUCUGUCCAGGGGAAGUUGCAACCCCGCAGGGUCCUCUUUGGGUUUCUUGGAGGAAGCAUGAUAAUGGGACUUUUGGCCUUUGGAUCGAAGCACCGGAGGGUACUAGUGGGGUCAUUUGUGUACCUACUACGGGAUUCAAAAGCGAUCGCGUUGUUAUGGAUGGGGAGGAGCUGAGACGGACGGCCGAUGUGCCCACUUUCGGUCCUAUUGCGACGGGCGGAGAUGGCUAUACUUUGAUUUCAACUCGUGGAGGCUCCCAUACGAUUCUUGUGGGUGCUUGA